UAGGUUGUGUUUUUGUUUGGCUAAACGUCAUUUCGCACUCGAAAUGCCGUUCGAGUAGAGUGCGCUUCAUUUCAUCCUAGCUCGACGCCAUGACAACUUCAACGUGGACCGUGCGGUUUUUGAGAUACAGAAAUGAGUAUUUAGCAUCACUAUCCGCAACUCUGUGUAUCUUCAUGGUCGUGUGCACCAACGCAUGGUCCUCACCGGCCCUACCGAAGCUUUUGACGGAACCAAACCCUCCGGUAUCGAUUACGGCUAAUGCCGGUUCCUGGAUCGUGUCAAUACAAGCCAUCGGAGGUAUCUUCGGUAUGGUUCUGGCAGGACUCACCAUCGACCGGCUGGGUCGCAAGUGGCCAUUUAUCGCAAGCGCUCUUCCGGUGAUUGCCGGAUGGAUUAUGAUCGCAUUAGCGCGAACGUCAGUAUUCCUCUACAUCGCCCGCUUCCUGUUUGGUGUUUCGUACGGUGUUGCGUACGGCAUUGUUCCUAUCUACAUUGGCGAGAUCAGCUCGGACGGGGUGCGCGGUUCAGCAGCUUCACUCAUCACGGUAAUGGCCAAGCUGGGCAUUCUCUUCGAAUACUCCGUCGGGCCGUACGUUAGCUUCGAGGCACUUGCUUGGCUUUCGAUGCUCGGCCCGGUUCUAUUUCUCUGCACCUUUGCAUGGAUCCCGGAAUCACCACAUUAUCUUCUCGGUAAGGGAUGCACCGACCAAGCGCGCGAAAGUCUGCAAUGGUUUCGAAGAAGCACAGCCGUCGAGGAGGAACUAAACUGUACACGAAAAUCCAUCGAACGAACGGUAAGCGAGCGUGGUUCGGCGAAGGAACUCUUUCAGCCGGCUUAUCGCAACAACCUCAUCAUAGUGCUGAUACUUGCCGUCGGUGUACAGAUGUCCGGAAUGCAGGCCAUUCUCAGCUACGCACAGACCAUUUUCUCCCAAAUUUCUAGCGAUCUCACCGAUGCCGAAAUGUCCAUCGUGCUCGGUGCAGUCCAAAUGGUUACCGUGGUGCUUCCGGUGUUUCUGGUCGAUCGAGUUGGCCGCCGUCCAUUAUUACUUUGGUCCGGGGCUGGUAGUUUCCUGGGACUGCUGCUAGGAGCUGUCUAUUUUACGCUGGACGCGGUGGCUGUAGAUGUGGCCCGCUUCGGGUGGGUUUCGUUCGUUGGACUUUUGCUAUUCGUCGUAUCGUACGCAUUCGGGCUGGCCACUAUUCCAUUUGCGAUUCUGAGUGAAAUAUUUCCCAAAAACAUCCGUGCGUACGCCAACGCCCUGUUUGGCAUUCUGAGUGGGACCGUCAUCUUUGCCGUGGUGAAGUUGUUUCAAGUCGCGCUUGACAAUGUUGGGGCGUAUCUGCCGUUCUGGGUGUUUACCGUCAGCACUGGGCUUACGUUUUUGUUCGUGUUUCUGUACAUUCCCGAAACCAAGGGACGAAGUUUGGAUGAGGUGCAGGAGAUUAUUACCGGUUGGCGAAAGAAGCAACAUUCCAAAGAGGUUUUGGGAGUGGAUCACGUUAGGUAGUUUAAGGUAUAAACAUAAGCUAAACAGUCUAAAAACAGACGAGACAAACAACAGACAAAAAGGAUAGAGUCGACCUAUUUACCUAUGGAUAUUACUUAAAAAUAAAACAUAUUAUUAAACAU